CACUGAAGGAAGCAGCUUUCUUCCCUUGGUUUUUCUUUGUAGCUGGUGCUUCCCAGGUCAAAUGGAAUAAAAAAAAUGCCAAUUGCCUUGCCACGAGCCAUGACGGUGAUGUUCGGAUAUGGGAUAAGCGGAAACCUAGCACAGCAGUGGAAUAUUUAGCAGCCCAUCUCUCCAAAAUCCAUGGGCUGGACUGGCAUCCAGAUAGUGAGCACAUUCUUGCUACUUCCAGUCAAGACAACUCUGUCAAGUUCUGGGAUUACCGCCAGCCCCGGAAAUACCUCAAUAUUCUCCCUUGCCAGGUGCCUGUCUGGAAGGCCAGAUACACGCCAUUUAGCAAUGGGUUAGUGACUGUAAUGGUUCCCCAGCUGCGGAGAGAAAACAGCCUGCUACUCUGGAAUGUCUUUGACUUGAACACCCCAGUCCACACCUUUGUGGGGCAUGAUGAUGUGGUGCUGGAGUUCCAGUGGAGAAGGCAGAAGGAAG